AUGAAAGAAUGUGAGCUUUAAAGUUACUUAGACCCUAACUUGAAUCCCCGUUCUGCCCCUUAGCUUUGUGUUAAUGUACAUUUACUCAGGUUGGGUGUUUUGUUUUGUUUUGUUUUUUGGCAAUCUAGCAAAUGAGCCCAGUAACCAAGUUGGUAGUGGUUGUAUGGGGAGUAAGUGAAAAAGUGCAUAUAAGAUGCUUAGCACAGGCCAGGCACGGUGGCUCACACCUUUAAUCCCAGCACUUUGGGAGGCUGAGGCAGGUGGAUCGGGUUCAAGACCAGCCUGGCCAACAUGGUAAAACCCCAUCUCCAAACACACAUACACACAAAUUAGCUGGGUAUGGUGGUAGGUGCCUGUAAUCCCAGCUACUUGGGAGGCUGAGACAUGUGUAUCGCUUGAACCUGGGAGGCGGAGGUUGCAGUGAGCCGAGAUUGUGCCAGUGCACUCUAGCCUGGGUGAACAGAACAAGACUCUAUCUCAAAAAAAAAAAAAGAUGCAUAGCACAACAGCUGAAUACCAGUAAUGCUCAAUAAACAUUCAUUUUAUCACCUUUUAAAAACACCUUUAUCAAAACAAUAAUUAGUAUGUCACAAAAUGUACUCUUUUAGAGUGUACAAUUCGGUGAUUGUUAGUAGAUUCAUAGAGUUAUAUACCCAUCACCAUAAUCUAUCUAAUUCUAGAAUAUUCUCAUCACCCUAAAAAGAAUCCCAUUAACAGUCACUCCUUGUUCCCCAAGCCCCCCAGCCUUUGGCAGCCACUAAUCUACUUACCAGCUGUCUGAAUCUUCUAGACAUUUAUAUAAAUGGAAUCAUACAAUAUGUGGCCUUUUGUGACUGGCUUCGUUUACUUAGCAUGAUGUUUUCAAGGUUUUAAGCUUCAUGUUAUUGCAUGUACAUCAUUUUCUUUUUUUUUGGCUGAAUCAUACUCCAUGGUAUGGAUAGAACACAUUUUGUUUGUUGAUAGCUCAGUUACCUUUGCAUUGCGGAAGAUGUCCAUGUUCUGUCUCCUUGUUUCCAGGCCACAGAAACACAGCACCUGACUGGGGGAGGGAGAAGGACUUAUUGAAUAUUUCUUAAUUUUGAUUGUAAUAAUCUUUGGCUUUUUGAAUUCAGAGUAUUUUGAUCAGUUUAUUUAAUUGGUCUUUUUAAUACCCAUUUUAAAAAUUACGUUACGGAGGAAACUUCAUUUGGGUUGUGAGAAUAGGGAUUUAAGGAGAAAAAGUAGUACUCUAGGAUCUGACAGGGUGAAAGGACACUUUGUCUUGUGACACAUUUUUCAUAGAUCGGCCCUGAGAAAGAAUAAAGCAAAAGCUGUUUCCUUUGGGUUAUGAGAGAGCAGUGGAUUGACCUUAUUUAUUCGCUUGGUCCGUUUUCCCUUUGUGUCACAGGGCCCCAGACGGGUCCAAGGUAUCAAAAUUUUAGCUUAUCUAAUUUGUAUCCUUUCACACUCAAACACAUGUUCAAGGCAACAGGAAAAAAAUAUGGUGCCUGGGUAACUGUAGGGGUGCAGUGGCGGGUGGGGCUGCAGGCCAGCAGGCUGGCUCCCUGUUGUUGGAUCACUGUGGAGAUGACCCUGUCUCUGCUCCACCUCCUCCCUCAGCCAGGAGGCGGAGGCAAGAGGAUUGCUUGAGCCUAGGAGUUCUAAGCUAUAGUGCACAAUGAUGAUUUUACUGGCAUACAGAUGAAAAAGAAAAAGAUUUAAAAUAAAAAUAUAGUACACAAUGACCAGGCCUGUGAAUAGCCACUGCACUCCAGCCUGGGCAGCAUAGCAAGAGCCUAUCUCUCAUAAGAAAUUUUACUAGAAUAAAACUUAAUGUUUAUUAUAUAGAUGUUGCAUAUUCAUUGUAGAAAAAAAUUGAAUUACAGAUGAUUUUUAAAACUCUACUGGAGCAAGCCAUUUCACCUAUUUGUGUACAUACUCCCAGAUUUCUUAAACACGUUGUGAACAAUAAAUUAUACCAUUCUGAUGUUUUUUUUCUAAGCUGCUUUUUGUACGUAAUGUAUUGUGAGCAUCUUUUCCUGGCCAUAAUAUUACAUACCAAAGAAAAAAGCAGACUUCACAACAAAUAAUUAAAGACAUUUUGACCAGAAACUAAGGAGGAAGGGUUUUUGGGGUUUGUUUUUGCGCCUUUUGUAUAAUGCUGAAAUUGGCAAUUCUGCAAUAAUAUUAACAUUUUCUGAGGAUCUGCUGAAGAUGCACAUGACAAAGAUGAAGCUGCUCCACUUUCCCCCUCACACAGCCUUAACAUCGCUGGCUUUGUAUGAGAUCAAGCCAACGUUGGCUUCAGUGUCCAAGUCUCUUCUUGGGGUCCCACGGCCUUGCGUCUGGCACCUCUGCUGGGUGCCUCACAGGGCUUCCGGGACGUGCAGCAACCCAAGGGACCCCUUUCUCCCACCGCAAGCUCCCUGGAGGCAGGGAAAGGCGCCGGGACCUGAGCCUAGCGGGCCUCGCACUGUGACUGUGGAGAGAAGGGCAGUGACCCGCAUGGGGCGGGCAGCUCUGCUCACUGCAGCCUCGGAGGUCCGGGUGGGCCGGGGGCGCGGCAGUGGGCGGGGCUGCGGGGCGGGGUGGCGACUCCGAGUGUUGUUGGAUCCCUAUGGAGAUGACCCUCCCCACCGCUCUCCGGAGCUGCGAGCUCAGAGGGCGAGCUCGGUUUUCACUGCGCAGUUCCAAGAGGAGACAGCCGCCACUGUGCCGGACCUUGUGACCACUUCCCAGAGACAGGAUCUCAUUUGGUUGCCCAGGCUGGAGUGGAGGGGCAAGAUAACAGCUCAAUGCAACCUCAACCUCCAGGACUCAAGUGAUCCUCCUACCACAGCCUCCAGAGAUUGCUUAUGGAUGCCCAAAUGCGUUAAGUUCGGAUGGUUUCUGCCCUAUACUCCAACAGAUAACGAGUACGGUGCUUGGAAGCACCAUUACAUUGCUUGUGUGUCCCACUUAGACUGGCUGACACCCAGGGAGGCUGCUGCUACUUAUGGGACGCUGAAUGAACCCAAAACAGAAGAUGAGGAACUACUGGAGAGACAUAGAGAAAAGUGCCUAAGAAAAAGAAUUUGGGAGAAAAUUGCACUGCGUAGGAAGGAGUUAUUCAAAGUUCGACCCCCUUGGGUCAGUGGAACGGGCUGCUCUAGCGUGCUAAAGCCCAGAUGCCAACCACGCCUCUCCCAGACUGUAAGGGAGCGAGCAGGAUCACAUGAAGCUUUGGAGAAACAGCUUGUUUUGACAUCAUUAGAAACCUUGCCCAAGCAAAGCAAUAUUUCUGGAAGCCAUUCCUACCCUUUAUUAUCAAAGAAAAAUUGGCAUGGACUGUAUAAAAAUGACAACAGCUCUUCAUUUGCUCUCCGGCCACACGUCAUAUUAAUAUCCUCUCGGAUUCCUGCAUACGAGAUGGUGGUGGAGAGCGUGAAGUCUGGUGUCAUUUCUGUGGUAUAUGAACACAGCGUAACCUUGGAGAGCCUGCUUUAUCUCAUAGAAAAAGCUCUGGAUGGGCAGAAGGCACAGAGCAUGGGAAUAUUUAGCGAUGGAGAUAGCAGAGAUAUCAAUUUACUCCAAGGGUAUAAAAUUGGUGUUAAAAAUUUACUGAAGCCUGAAGUGAGAGAUUUCUGGGAGAAAUUAGGAAGCUACGUGGCCACUGAAGAAGAAGGGGGCCACGUGGACUUCUUCGCGCCCCUUGGAGCAUCAGAGGCAGGAACUGAAGUUCUUUCUCAGCUGUCUCAACUAACUGGCACAUUCUUCACGGCCCCCACCGGGAUUGCGACUGGCUCCUACCAGCACAUUCUUAGUGACUGGCUGGGAGCCCAAUGGGGAAAGGCCCCCUCUUCCAUCUACUUCAGUGAAUCGAAGCUACAGACAUGGUCCAGCUUCACAGACUUCCUAGAAGACACCUUGAAAGAGGUAAGGAAGCAGCUGUGUCCUCUCUUCAAGGAACUGCAGAAGAGCAUCAGUGGCAGGAUGAUAGGGCAGUUUAUGUUUGAAACCAUGGGUAUGAGCGACAUUCUGAACAACCAAGAGAUUGCACAAGCGCUGGCAGAUGGGCUGAUGGAAUUGUCAAAAGAAGAUUCUGACAAACCUCUGGAAUUUUUGUCAUAUUUUCUGCUGAAGAAAUGCGGUAAAAAGGUCAAAGAUUUUGAAGAAAAUGUUAUUCCAACAAAAUGUGACCCAAAGACAGCAUUCGGCUUAUUGAUGCAGGAAAGAAAUGGUAUAGAAGACAAUUCUUGGGACACAAAGUCAAGACUUAGCAAAAAUGAUUUAAAUUUUGAAGCACUGAUUAAUCUGGAGAGAAUGCUCCAGAGAGACUCAGAUGAAAAGCGAACUAGAGUUGUCAGGGAACUCUUACAGAGUGAGAGAAAAUAUGUACAGAUGCUGGAAAUUGUGAGAGAUGUUUAUGUCACACCACUGAAAGCAGCACUGUCAUCAAACAGAGCAAUUCUGAGUGCUGCCAAUAUCCAGAUCCUCUUCUCUGAUAUUCUGCGAAUUUUAAGUCUCAACAGGCAGUUUCUAGAUAACCUGAGAGACAGACUGCAGGAAUGGGGCCCAGCUCACUGUAUUGGAGAAAUAGUCACAAAGUUUGGAAGCCAGUUGAACACAUACACCAAUUUCUUCAACAAUUACCCUGUCGUUCUGAAAACUAUUGACAAGUGCAGAGAAAUGAUACCAGCCUUCCGAACUUUCCUGAAGAGGCAUGAUAAGACCAUUGCUACAAAAAUGCUGAGUCUGCCAGAGCUGCUGCUGUACCCAUCACGAAGAUUUGAAGAAUACCUUAAUCUUCUCUAUGCUGUCAGGCUUCAUACUCCUGCUGAGCAUGUUGACCGUGGGGAUUUGACCACUGCAAUUGACCAAAUCAAAAAAUAUAAAGGUUAUAUAGAUCAGAUGAAGCAAAACAUCAAUAUGAAGGAUCGUCUGUCAGAUAUACAGAGAAUCAUCUGGGGAUGCCCUACUCUAUCAGAAGUAAACAGAUAUUUGAUUAGGGUCCAAGAUGUAGCCCAACUUCAUUGCUGUGAUGAAGAAAUAAGUUUCUCUUUAAGGCUCUAUGAACACAUCUGCGACCUCAGCCUUUUCCUCUUCAAUGAUGCACUGCUCGUUUCUAGUCGGGGCACAUCUCAUACUCCAUUUGAGAGGACUUCAAAAACAACCUACCAGUUCAUUGCAUCAGUGGCCCUUCAUAGGUUACUCAUAGAAAAUAUUCCAGAUUCCAAGUAUGUCAAGAAUGCAUUUAUUCUUCAAGGUCCAAAAUAUAAAUGGAUUUGUGCUACAGAAGCAGAGGAUGAUAAGUUCCUAUGGCUAUCAGUACUUCAAAAUGCAAUCAAAAGUAGGAUGGAGAAGUGAGACUGAACUUGAAAACAUCAAGGGUACCAAAUCUCCCCAGCAAAGACAGACAACAUGUAUUUUCUGUUCCAAAAUAUCCAGUAAGAAACAGAAUAACUGUCAUGGACCAAGAUGACCCAUAGAAUCCUUCCAACUUUUAAACUUUAUCAUUUGUGCUCACUUAUGAAGAUGUAUAAGAACACUCUGAGUCCAAAAUUUUGAACUACUUCUUUUGGUAGCUAUAUUUCAUGGGUAAUAUUAUUUAGAGUAAUCUGGUGUGACGAAACCUAAGACAGAGCAAGCACAUUGUGUAAAGCUUUGUUUUGUGAUCUAAUGAAAAAAGCAGAAUUAAAGUGUUUCUUAAGUGA